AUGCCACAACAACCACAGAACCGCCGACAGAAACCCACCAACAACCACAGAACGCCAACAGAACCACCACAACCACAGAACCGCCGACAAUGCCACCAACAACCACAGAACCGCCGACAGAGCCACCAACACCCACAGAACCCCCAACUGAGCCACACAACCACAGAACCGGCCACCGAACUACCAACAACCACAGGACCGCUAACUGAGCCACCAACAACCACAGAACCACCAACAGAGCCACCAACAACCACAGAACCGCCGACAGAGCCACCAACAACCACAGAACCGCCGACAGACAGACCCACCAACAACCACAGAACCGCCGACAAUGCCACCAACAACCACAGAACGCCGACCCACCAACAACCGAACAAACCACCAACAACCACAGAAGCCACCAACAACCACAGAACCGCCGACAAUGCCACCAACAACCACAGAACCACCACCAACAACCAGAACCAACCACCAACUGAGUCCGCAACAAGAACCGCCAACAGAGCCACCAACAACCACAGAACCGCCAACAGAGCCCACCACAACAACAGAACCCGCCAAACAGAGCCACCAACUAACCACAGAACCGCCAACAGAGCAACCACCCACCACACAACCACCAACAACCGAAACCGCCAACAGAGCCACCAAAACCAACAGAUACCGCAACAGAGCCACCAAACCACCAACCUGAUACCAACACCAACAACCACAGAACCGCCCAACCAACAACCAACAGAACCGCCAACAGAGCCAACCAACAAAACCACAAAACCGCCGACAGAGCCACCAACAACCACAGAACCAACCACAGAGCCAUACCAAAAACCACAGAACCGCCAACAAGCCACCAACAACCACAGAACCACCGAACAGAGCCACCAACAACCACAGAACCAAGCCGACAGAGCCCACAACAACCGACAGAACCAACCAACAGAGCCACACAACAACCACAGAACCGCCAAACAGACCAACCACAACCGCAACAAACCACCAACAACCACAGAACCGCCGACAAAAGCCACCACAACCACAGAACCGCCGACAGAGGCCACCAACAACCACAAGAAAACCACCAAACAGAGCCACCAACAACCUCACAGAGCCACCAACACAGAGCCACCAACCAGAGCCACCACAACCACAAGAACCGCCGACAGAGCCACCAACAACCACAGAACCGCCAACAGAGCCACCAACACCAACCAGAACCAGAGGCCAACCAACAACCAACAGAACUGCACAGAGCCACCAACAAACCACAGAACCGAACCGGCAAAACCAGAACCAACAGAACAACAACCACAGAACCGCCAAGAGCACCCAACAACCACAGAACCACCACAGAGCAACCAACAACCACAGAACCGCCAACAGAGCAACCAACAACCACAGAACCACCAACUGAGCCACCAACAACCACAGAACCGCCAACAGAGCCACCAACAACCACAGAACCGCCGACAGAGCCACCAACAACCACAGAACCGCCAAACUGAGCCACCAACAACCACAGAAACGCCGACAGAACCGCCGACAGAAGCAACCAACAACCACAGAACCACCAACAACCACAGAACUGCCGACAGAGGAAAUAACAACCACAGAACCACCGACAGAGCCACCAACAACCACAGAACCACCAACAACCACAGAACCGCCAACAGAGCAACCAACAACCACAGGAAACAGAGCCACCAACAACCACAGAACCACCAACUGAGCCACCAACAACCACAGAACAGCCAACUGAGCCACCAACAACCACAGAACCACCAACAGAGCCACCAACGAACGAGCCACCAACAACCACAGGACGAGCCACCACCAACCACAGAACCGCCAACAGAAACCACCCUGAACAAUGCCACACACAAGACGCACAGAACCGCCAACAACCACAGAACGCGCCGACAGAGCCACACACCCCAGAACACCAACAGAGCCACCAACAACCACAGAACCACCAACAGAGCCACCAACAACCACAGAACAACCCACCAACAACCACAGAACAGCCAACAGAGCCACCAACACACAACAACAACCACAAACCACCAGAACCACCAACAACACAGAACCGCCACAGAGCCACCAACCACCAACAGAACCACCAACGAGCCACCAACAACCACAGAACCCAAACUGAGCCAGAACAACCACCAGAAACCGCCAACAGAGCAACCAACAACCACAGAACCGACUGAAGAGCCACCAACAACCAUAGAACCCGAGCCACCAACAACCACAGAACCACCAACAGGCCACAACAACACAGAACCACCAACAAACAGCAACAACCAGACAACCCACACAACCACAGAACCGCCGACAGUGCCACCAAAAACCACAGAACAGAACAGGCCCCCAACAAGCACAGGACCGCCAACUGAGCCACCAACAACCACAGAACCGCCAAGAGCCAACCAACAACCCACCACACAACCACAGAAAGCCAACAGAGCCACCAACAACCACAGAACCGCCGACAAAACCACAACAACUACAGAACCGCCGAAGAAACAACCACAGAACCACCAACAGUGCCACCAACAACCACAGAACCACCAACCACCAAGAACCCCACAGAACCACCAACUGAGCCACCACAACCACACCACAACAACACAGAACCGCCGACAGAAACCACCAACAACCCACAGAACCACCAACAGUUCGACUCCAGAGAGCACCGCCACAGUGAUUUCGACGGAAGCAACGCUACCCACAACCACAGAGCUGUCCAUGAAUUCCACUUUCAAAUCUAAAACAACUGUAGAAUUGACAGAAACGGUUACUGUAUCUGAAACGUCGACCGUCGAAGGAGAAACUGUCUUUGAAACGACUAUGUGUUCGACUCCAGAGAGCACCGCCACAGUGAUUUUGACGGAAGCAACGCUACCCACAACCACAGAGCUGUCCAUGAAUUCCACUUUCAAAUCUAAAACAACUGUAGAAUUGACAGAAACGGUUACUGUAUCUGAAACGUCGACCGUCGAAGGAGAAACUGUCUUUGAAACGAACUUGACGCUUCCUGAAAUAUCAACCGUUGAAGCAGAAACUGUCUUUGAAACAGUGACGCUUCCUGAAAUAUCAACCUUUGAAGCAGAAACUGUCUUCGAAACGGUGACACUUCCUGAAACGUCAACCAUCAAAGGAGAAACAGCAGCUGCAGCAACAACUGUUUUGACAGAACUGGAACAAAGAAAGAAAGAAUUGGAAGAGGAGCUGGAAGAGCUUCAAAACUCAAUUGCUGCCAACAACGCAACCGCCAGUGCUUUUGCAGAAAUAGAAGCAACAUUGCAGCGAAUCACUGAUGCUAUAAAUAGUAGUGGGAGACAUAGGAGAAGACGAUCCCCUACUUACUCUGUUAACCAAGGUGGUGACACUGUCACAGUAGAUCCAUAUUGCGAGGUAAAUGAGGACAAUGCCUUAACUGGGGACCCGACAGAUCUGCUUCUUACUAUGAUCAAUGAUCUCUCCACCAAGUUGUCCAACCUCACAACCGACCAAAUCAUCUGCUUCAAUGAACUUAUUGGUUAUUUUGCCACACUCAUAGAAAAUGGAACCUUUGUCAUCGAUUCUAGUAUGGUCGACAAUAUUACAGCCGCUGCAGAGACAGCCAGUAGUGCUGUAGGAGAAGAGGUUGAAUCUUUAAAGACCCUUAUUUCGAGCCUACAGGAUCAGGUAAACGAAAAGAAUGCUGAACUCCGUAAACUGGAAAGUGAUUCUACAUCUACAGCAGCUUCGACAGAGACAGAUUCUGAAACUGCGACGAUCUUUGGGACUUCAACAUUUGAGACAAUUAUUUUGACUGAAACAUCGACAGUAAUUCUGCCUGAGACGACAUUUGAAACGGAAACUGUUUCUGAAACAGUCACUUUGCCCGAAACAUCGACAAUUAUUCUGCCUGAGACGACAUUUGAAACAGAAACUGUUUCUGAAACAGUCACUUUGCCUGAAAUAUCGACAAUUAUUCUGCCUGAGACGACAUUUGAAACAGAAACUGUUUCUGAAACAGUCACUUUGCCUGAAAUAUCGACAAUUGUUCUUCCUGAGACGACAUUUGAAACAGAAACUGUUUCUGAAACAGUCACUUUGCCUGAAAUAUCGACAAUUGUUCUUCCUGAGACGACAUUUGAAACAGAAACUGUUUCUGAAACAGUCACUUUGCCUGAAAUUUCGACAAUUAUUCUGCCUGAGACGACAUUUGAAACAGAAACUGUUUCUGAAACAGUCACUUUGCCCGAAACAUCGACAAUUAUUCUUCCUGAGACGACAUUUGAAACAGAAACUGUUGCUGAAACAGUCACUUUGCCCGAAACAUCGACAAUUAUUCUCCCUGAGACGACAUUUGAAACAGAAACUGUUGCUGAAACAGUCACUUUGCCCGAAACAUCGGCAAUUAUUCUUCCUGAGACGACAUUUGAAACAGAAACUGUUGCUGAAACAGUCACUUUGCCCGAAACAUCGGCAAUUAUUCUUCCUGAGACGACAUUUGAAACAGAAACUGUUUCGGAAACAGUCACUUUGCCCGAAACAUCGACAAUUAUUCUCCCUGAGACGACAUUUGAAACAGAAACUGUUUCUGAAACAAUCCCUUUGCCUGAAAUAUCGACAAUUAUUCUGCCUGAGACGCCAUUUGAAACAGAAACUGUUUCUGAAACAAUCCCUUUGCCUGAAAUAUCGACAAUUAUUCUGCCUGAGACGACAUUUGAAACAGAAACAGUUUCUGAAACAGUCACUUUGCCUGAAAUUUCGACAAUUAUUCUGCCUGAGACGACAUUUGAAACAGAAACUGUUUCUGAAACAGUCACUUUGCCUGAAAUAUCGACAAUUAUUCUGCCUGAGACGACAUUUGAAACAGAAACUGUUUCUGAAACAGUCAUUUUGCCCGAAACAUCGACAAUUAUUCUGCCUGAGACGACAUUUGAAACAGAAACUGUUUCUGAAACAGUCAUUUUGCCCGAAACAUCGACAAUUAUUCUGACUGAGACGACAUUUGAAACAGAAACUGUUUCUGAAACAGUCACUUUGCCCGAAACAUCGACAAUUAUUCUUCCUGAGACGACAUUUGAAACAGAAACUGUUUCUGAAACAGUCACUUUGCCCGAAACAUCGACAAUUAUUCUGCCUGAGACGACAUUUGAAACAGAAACUGUUUCUGAAACAGUCACUUUGCCUGAAAUAUCGACAAUUGUUCUUCCUGAGACGACAUUUGAAACAGAAACCGUUUUUGAAACAAUUACAUUACCCGAGAUAACUGAAACAGAAACUGUUUAUAAAACAAUGACGCUACCUGAAACAUCGACAAUAAUUUCUCCUGAAGCAUCCACAGGCGUUGUUUUUGAGACAAGCGUCCUGCCUGAAGCCUCGACCCCUGAGCCGCCUGGCCCCGCACCGACCACACAGGAGACCAGCGACCGCGUGACAGAACUUCAGGAUCGGAUCGCAGAGCUGGCUGAAAGGUCAGGCAACCUCAGAGACGUAGACGACUCUAUUGGCAAUUUCACGGCAGCCAUUGCAAACACGAGAAAGCGCCGUUCUGCCUCGCUUGCAAUCAGCCAAGACGGUCAGGACAUCACUCUCGAUCCUUACUGCGGCGUCAAUGGCGAGGACAGCCUGGUUGGCAAUACAUCGUAUGUGCUUUUGGCAGUGCUGACUGAUCUUACUGAAGAGGUGUCCAAUCUCACGACAGACCAGAUCAGCUGCUACAGCCUACUCCUUGAGAAAUUCACCGAACUCAUAGAGAAUGGGACUAUCACCAUCGACCCUCUGUUUAAGAGUAGUAUUGUUAGUGCUGCAAACGCUGCAAGUGACGCUGUACAAGAAGAGUUAUCCAGUACCCAGGAUCUCAUAGCUGACCUGCAGGAAGAACUUGAUGCUCUGAUUGGGGAGAGUACAACAACAGUUGCUCCGGAGCCAGAGCCAGAGCCAGAGCCGGGUCCUGAGCCUCUACCUGUGCCUGCACCCCAUAAGACUCGCUUGAGGCUCGUCGUUCUGCAGCAGGUGAACGUCCCUUAG